AUGAAGUCAAGAAAAGUAUUGCAUCACAAUAAUCUAAUUACAGAGGUCACGCAACAGCUGAAGCAUCGAUUCCUCCCAAAUCCAAUUCUGAUCAAGAAAAGGAUAGAAUCUUUGAUUGAACGAGAUUACUUAGCGAGAGAUGCUCAAGAUCUCAAAUUGUACAAUUACGUUGCGUAA